AUGUCGGUACCUAAUCUUGAAAAAUCAAAGGAACUCGAGAUAAAACGAGCUGAGAAGGUUGCCGAAGUUCGAAAUGCACUUGAGAAACUGUCCGGUGCGCAAUUCAAGAAACUGGAAAACUUACAAAGAAUGGAGCGGGUUCUAAAAAAAGAAAUCGAAACACUACUACAGGCGAAGGACAAGCUCGAGUCUCAUUUGGUCACUUGCAAUUACGCAUUCUAUAAAUCAAUAAUUGAUGAAGUGGAACCCAUGGAAAAUGCUCUUUCUGUUCUCAAGACGUUCAAGAAAAAUGACGUAUCAAUUACUGUCGACAUUGUGACUAAAGAACCCCAUUCUUGGAUCAAACUUGUCAAUCGCUCAGCUAAAAACGUUCUCAUCGAAUAUCGCGAUGGAAAACGAAACGGCGAUAUCAUUGCUCAAAUCAAGCAGCAGCUUUACGUUUCUCGUCGUUUCAAUAACCCUCAAAUUCGAGUCAUCUUCAAAAAUGGAAUUCUCUGCGAAAUGGCUGAUAAACUGACACGCCAUGGAAUCAUUGUUGAUGGUGAGCGCAUUGAGAAAGAACAUCCCGACCUUACUGGAAAAUGGAAUGAUGCACUCAUUGAAAAGUUAGGAGAAAGCGAAGAUUCGGAUUGGGAAUAUGACGAAGAAGAUGUCAUACCAAUCAAGCCAUGCCACCAACAAUCACGGCUAACAUCAUCAAUCCCUUCAAUAAACCUUGAUAUUUCUGCUGUUAUGCUCUUAGUUUCAAAUAUGUGCGAACCAUCUGGAGCCAGAUUCAAGUUCCAGGAAGAGAUGAUCAAUAAGCAUGUCGAAAAUGAACGAGAGACACCAGCGAAAAAGCCUUUAUUGGAGAAGUUGAAAGGGCACCGUUUGAUUAUGAGUGAGCUGGCACUUGAUCAAGUCAGAAAGAUAGUUCACUAUGUUGGUGGGCCGACAGAGAAGAUUCGAUUUGCCGAACUGGUGAAAACUAUUGAGUCAAUUCCAGAUGAAACUGGUGAUGUCGGAAGAGUUUCAAUGCUAUCUGAUAUCAAAGGAAUCACUCCUAUUACGAAAAGAGUUUUCUCUUGCGCGGAAACAACUGGUACACCCACAGUGACUGCCAACCACAAGUUCUUGAAACACUCUAAGGCAAAAAAUAUCUACUUCGAAGUAAUUGAAAUUCCUCCACGCCCACUCACCGAGCAGAAAGAAGCAAAUGCUGAAGCCAUUUGA